CAUGUGUUGACCCAAACUUUGGGCUCAAUUUGAAUUGAUUUGCAAUUUGUUGAGUGUUUUGGUCACCGAAACGUUGGAUCAAUUAAUGGGUCGUAUCGUUAAGACACGAAUCCACUGCUGACAAUAGGAUGCCAUUCAUUGGAGUACACGUGGGCGCCGGACAGUACGGCACCGGUCAUCGACGGGAUCUAUAUCUCAACGCCUGUCGCACCGCAUGUCUUGAGGCCAUCAAAAGUCUGAACGACAAGUGUUCGGCCAUCGAUGGCGUGAUUCGGGCCAUCGCUAGUCUCGAAGACAAUGACGUGACAAACGCUGGCUUAGGAUCUAAUCUGAAUCUCAACGGUUGUGUUGAAUGUGACGCCAGUCUAAUGGAUGGCCAGUCACUGAAUUGGGGAGCCGUCGGCGCUCUUCACGGCAUUAAGAAUCCGAUCAAAGCGGCCGAAUGUGUGCUCACGGGUCAGACCAGACAACAG